GCAUCAUUAGUCGGCCGACGCUUACUGCAGUAACGCUCGCGUAUCUUCUUCACGAUUCCCCUCAGCGGCUCCACUUCGCGGAAAAUGCCAGCUUGAGAGCGCUGCGCGGCCUCGACGUGCGCCCAAUCCGAAAGUAAUAAUGGGAUCGUGUUGCUCGGCGGACGACACUGGUGUCGUGCACCACCAGCCGGAUUAUCGGCCGCCGCCGGCGCCGCAAAACACGUACCCGCCGCCGAACCCCUAUCCGCAGCCCGAUCCGCAGCCCGAUCCGAUCCCGUCACCGCAAAGCUUAUACCCGCCGCCGAUCUCGAGCCCGGGACUAAUCCAUCCGCCUGCAUCUUCCGACGACACAGGAUACAAGUGGGUGCACAUGUCGGCCGGCAUGCCGGUGCCCGAGUCCGCCGUCGUCGGCGGCAUGGACAUCGACGGCGCCACCAUCUACGUGGGCCGCGCUCUCCACGACGGCGACAUGCUGCCCGCCAAGGUCAUCCCCGAGAAGAACGUCGCCUACGUGUGCCACGGCGGCCACGAGAUCGCCAAGCACGUCUUCGAGGUGCUCACCAAAAGCGACUUCCACUGGGUGUUCGCCAGCAGCGGUCACAUCCCUCCUAACGCUGUGAUCGCCGGACAAACCCAGGACGGCGAACCUCUGUACGUUGGACGCGCCAUGCACGAGGGAUCCCAAACCAUCGGCAAGGUGCAGCAGAGCCACGGCUGCCUCUACAUUCCCUUCGACGGCCAGGAGAUAUCUCACCGAGAUUACGAAGUACUCGUCAUGCACUGAUCGCCGUCGUCGUCGAUUCGCCUCCUGCAUUUCAUCGUCGACAGCGGACUAUCCAUUCCUCUUUUUGUCCCUCUCUCGCGCCUCCCGACGCCAACGCUCUGCCUAAAUUGUCGUUUGCCAAGACUUUCUUUCAUUAAACGAUUUUACAUAUAAAUCGCGCGCAGUUUAAUUCUCACUUUUCCUCGUCUUAGAUGUAUACACAAUGCCCGCCGUGGCGUGUUUACGUAAGUUAUUACUUCACGACUUGAAGAACCGUCUGCCUUUCUCGCGGAACGCAAUUAUCCGUAACACGUAUACGAAAUUUGAAAUCAUUAUAAAGUGGUUGCAUUCCUGGAAUGUUCGUUAUUUAAAUGAUCCACCCGAAGAACGUGAAAAAAAGUCAAAGUGCUACGGCUUCAGGAAGUCAUUAUCAUGAUUGCCGCGAAUUUCGUUAAUGUAUAGAUCAUUACAUGACGUUUUGAUAGCGAAACGUGUAGUACGUCUUGGAUCAUUCACGCGCGUAUAAUCAAGUAUCGCAUUAAUUUCACGUCUAUUUCUAUCGCGUCGCGAUCAAUGUACGAAUAUAUUUUUGACUUCCCGUCGCGCGCGAGUGCUAAUUCAUGACAAUUAUAACUCUGGCCGAUGGCGAAAGGGAUGCCUAACGAUCAUUUUCCAUUUUUAUUUCCCAAAAUAAGCAAUCUUACGUCAGCAUUACACCAUUAAUUUCAUAUGGCGCGAUGACAAUUGCAAAUGAUAAAGUAUGUCAUGGUUGUGCGAUUUCGCGUAAUGCCAAUCAUCCACCCGCUGAACUUUAACAGGACAAACAAAGACAUUAAUAUCCCGAGAGACACAAUGUUUACGCCCGUGAAAUUAUAGGCUGAGAGGCGUGCUAUUAAAAGUUUGCCUGAAAAAGCAAGAACGACAACGAAUGUCCUUCUGUCUCUUUUGUUUCUGAGCCAUUUACAUAAAAAUGUGGA